AUGGAGAUAGAAAGAAAAAUUAUAGUCAAAACCAAAGCUCCUCGUAAAUAAAAAAAGAUUGUACACACCUCAGGUAGCAAUUCUACAAUUACUACAUGUGAUAGCACUUCUGAUGAAGAUUAAAAGCACGUCAAAUACAACUUUGUGGUAAACUUGAAUCCUAGAGGCUACGAUCUGCCAAACAGAGUCAGCUUCUUGCUUCCUGAUGAUAUUAUUAUCAACUAAUACCUUUAUGAAAAGGGUUCAAUUAUAAAUUUAGUAGAUGCAAAUUGUUGUCCCUUGAUGCAAUUUCGCCCAAUUACUUAAGUCUAAAAAUCUAAAGAUGCUUGCAUAGGCUUGUUGGAUAGUUCUCAUCCUCAUUAAGAAGAUGUUGAAAGUCCUUGCGAAAUGCUCAUAAAAUUAUAAAGUUCAUUCGCAAAAAGAACUCACGAUGCUUUAAAUUAGUUUAUAAAUGUAAUUAAAUAAAGAUAGCAGCUACGCAAAGAAAUUUCAGAGUAUUAUAGAGAUUAUAAUCACAUUUAAGCCUAGAUAUAUUAAGCACAUCUUGAGUCAUAAAAGCUAUUCGAGUAAAUGCUGCAUACUGCAUCACGUGAAGAAUAUUUUUAUUUCCACUAUAAGAAAUUCGAUUUAAAUUCUCUUUCUCAUAAAUUGCUUUAUGUUGGCCACAAUCCUAAUCUUUCUGAAUUAUUUGGUGGUGAUAAUGAUUAAAAUCUGACAAAUCUCUAUAUGAAGAAGAAGGGUUUCCCUACUUACUUAGAUGCGAGAGGUUUCUUGGAUUUCAGUCUUGCACUUUUUGAAAAGCGUGAUACUUUUGAAUCAACUUUUGUGACUUUUGAUGGUUUUAAUGUACCAGUGAAAGGUAAAUAUACUUGCUACUUGCUUAACUAAGUUGAAAUUUUGCCAGGAAAAUAUUACGACGGAGACAUAGUAGAGAUUAUGAGAUUUUCUAUCAAUCCAAAUAUUAUUUAAUACAUCAAAGAAACUAGAAGAGUGCAUUGUACAAUAGAUAACGCAAUAGAGAAUUUUGAGUAUGAUAUGCAUUCCGAAAUAUUUAUAUAGCGUUUCUAUCCAGAUAAAUUUGAUGAGCUAUCUAAAAAUUCCUCAUCUACUUGCUCAUCUUCUUCUCCAUGA